AUGUCCGAAUAAUAAUAAUCAGUAAGAUACUGCCGUGCUUUCCAAAACGACAACUGUACCUAUGGAGAAAACUGCAAAUACGCCCACUAAAUAUAACCCAAAAGACAAAACGAAAACAACGAAGAAAGACGUUAUGAAACCAGAUAACAAAAAGUUUGCUUUGAUUAUUAAAAUGGAAACUGUAGUUAUGGUGAUAACUGUAGAUUUUCACACAGAACCAAGAACACAUACAAUUAAUAAAGAAACGAAUGUCGUGCUUUCUAAAGAGGAGAAUGUAAAUAUGGUGAGAACUGUAAAUAUUCUCAUGAAAAGAGAAGAACCUGUAACGAUUUCUAAAAUGGAAAUUGCAAAUAUGGUGAAAACUGUAAAUACUCACAUGAAAUUUAAUAAAAAAGAACAACUUAAUAGACUAAACCUUGUAGAGAUUUCUUGAAUGGAGAAUGCAAAUAUGGUGAAAAUUGUAGAUUCUCUCAUUCUUAAUAGGCUGAAGAAGGUGGAAAUUAAUAAUAAAACUAUAAAAAUCGUUCUUAUAGAAAAUAAUAUAGAAAUAACAACUAUGACGGACAAAAAACUAAAUAAUGUAGAGAUUUCUAAAAUGGAGAUUGCAAAUAUGCUGAAAAUUGUAGAUUUAGUCAUGAACCUGCAUAAUAAGUUGAAGUUGCUAAUUGAUUUUUAUUUAGUAAUUUAUUAAGAAAAG